UUUUCUUUUUAUAAAUUUCCAAGUAUACAACAUCAAAGCUUAUUUUUAAGUGUGAUAACCACUUGAAUAAUAUUUUUGACAUUGAUCAUGAAAAAAACCCAAAACUUCUUUUCUUACAUUGGGAUAGAGAAUGUAAUUUUGAGAAAAAUGAGUUUUUGCCUAGAAAAAAGAUUUGUUUGAAUAACAGGGUGAUGCCUUUUUUUAACCAGGUGAAAAGCUUGCCCUGGGAAAUUCUUGCCAUUGCCUCCAGGACAUAGAUACACUCUGGCCCUACACCUGAGGUAUAUGACUUUCCACCUUGGACCAUCUUUGCUGUUUUCAUGCCCUUGUGUGCCCAUGAGGAGAGCCAAAGUGACUUCCUAUCAUCACUGGAAGAAUUAGAAGGGGCCUGGAUGUUGACAUCUGUGAUAGCUCCUCAAAUCACUGUUCAGCUCCUUUCCAAAUGAGCUUUGAAGAUGGACAUCCACCCUCCGAAUGAAGGAAAAGGAAUGCAGAAAAUGAGCAACAUCUAUGAAUCAGCAGCCAAUACCCUGGGAAUUUUUAACAGCCCAUGCCUGACUAAAGUGGAGCUGCGAGUUGCAUGCAAAGGCAUAUCAGACAGGGAUGCCCUCUCAAAACCAGAUCCUUGUGUCAUCCUUAAAAUGCAGUCACAUGGCCAAUGGUUUGAGGUUGACAGGACAGAAGUGAUUCGGACCUGUAUAAAUCCUGUCUUCUCCAAGCUGUUCACGGUGGACUUCUAUUUCGAAGAGGUGCAGCGGUUGCGGUUUGAAGUCCAUGACAUCAGCAGCAAUCACAAUGGGCUGAAGGAAGCAGACUUUCUUGGUGGCAUGGAGUGCACUCUUGGACAAAUUGUUUCUCAGAGGAAGCUCUCCAAGUCCUUACUCAAACAUGGGAACACAGCAGGAAAGUCAUCUAUAACAGUGAUUGCCGAGGAAUUGUCUGGCAACGAUGACUACGUUGAGCUUUCAUUCAGUGCGCGGAAAUUGGAUGACAAGGACUUUUUCAGCAAAUCUGAUCCUUUUCUGGAGAUUUUCCGGGUGAAUGAUGAUGCAACCCAACAACUCGUUCACAGAACUGAGGUUGUGAUGAAUAACUUAAAUCCAGCUUGGAAGACCUUUAAAGUGUCUGUUAAUUCUCUGUGCAGUGGAGACCAGGACCGCAGGCUAAAGUGCAUAGUUUGGGACUGGGAUUCCAAUGGAAAGCAUGACUUCAUUGGCGAAUUUAGCUCAACUUUCAAGGAAAUGCGAGGAGCUAUGGAAGGAAGACAGGUACAAUGGGAAUGCAUUAACCCCAAGUACAAAGCAAAGAAGAAGAAUUACAAGAACUCAGGCAUCGUCAUCCUUAACCAGUGCAAGAUCCACAAGAUGCACUCUUUCUUAGAUUAUAUCAUGGGAGGCUGCCAAAUACAGUUUACAGUAGCUAUAGAUUUCACUGCAUCAAAUGGUGAUCCUAGGAACAGCUGCUCACUGCACUACAUCCACCCCUAUCAACCCAAUGAGUACUUGAAAGCAUUGGUAGCUGUUGGGGAGAUUUGCCAAGACUAUGACAGUGACAAAAUGUUCCCAGCCUUUGGAUUUGGGGCAAGGAUACCCCCGGAAUACAAAGUCUCUCAUGAUUUUGCAAUCAAUUUCAAUGAAGACAACCCAGAAUGUGCAGGAAUACAGGGUGUGGUGGAGGCGUAUCAGAGCUGCCUUCCCAAGCUGCAGCUGUAUGGACCCACAAACAUCGCUCCCAUCAUCCAGAAGGUGGCAAAAUCAGCAUCAGAGGAGACCAACACCAAGGAGGCCUCGCAAUAUUUCAUCUUGCUGAUUCUGACGGAUGGCGUCAUCACAGACAUGGCUGACACCAGAGAGGCCAUUGUCCAUGCCUCUCACCUUCCCAUGUCAGUCAUCAUCGUCGGGGUGGGGAACGCUGAUUUUAGUGACAUGCAGAUGCUGGAUGGUGAUGAUGGGAUCCUGAGGUCUCCCAGGGGCGAGCCUGUGCUUCGAGACAUUGUCCAGUUUGUGCCAUUUAGGAACUUCAAACAUGCAUCCCCAGCUGCUCUAGCAAAAAGCGUUUUGGCUGAAGUUCCAAACCAAGUCGUGGACUAUUACAAUGGCAAAGGGAUAAAACCCAAAUGUAUGUCAGAGUACGAGUCUUCCAGGACACUAGCUCCAUGAACCUGCCUGCACUCUUUUACAAAACGAACAACAGAAAAAUGCUACUGUCUACAACUACUGUACUUAAAAAUGAAACAAAAACAAACAAAAAUAGCACGUUUUGGUGAUUUUUAACUAAAAUAACCUUUUUUUUUGCAUGUGUAGCCUAAAGGCUUAAAUCUGUGAAGCAGCUGUAUUGUUGAAAACUUUUUAUGAGGAAAACAAUCCAGACAAAACCAGUGAACUCUUUACAUUACAGCAUGUCGCCUUGAAAUAAAAGUUAUCCGGUAUCUGUUUUUUAUACAGGUUUGUUGAAAUUUUGCUAAAUUUCUUAUCUUUACACUGUAAAGCAUUUUGAAAUAUUUAUUGAGAGUCGAGAGCCAAAAUGUCUUUGGUUUAAUCUGCUAUGAACCGAGAGAUUUUUCCAAAUGGCAGAUGCAUGAACUGUAUUUUGCAUGUUUAAAAUAAAAACAACACAGUUUUGCA